AUGAAGUUCUCUACCAUCCUCGCUAUUACUUUCCUCGUUGCUGCUGUUUCUGCUGCUCCUCACUCUCGCAAGCAUCAUGGAGGUGAUAACAACUCUAACCAUGAAAACAACUCCAACCAUGAAGACAACUCCAACAGUGGUAACAAGAAGAUUGACCAAUCCAUUGGUAGCGUUGGUUCUACUUCCAAUGGCGGUUUGCUGAGUGGUUUGUUGGGCGGUGCCAAUGUUCUCGGCAAGAGUACCACUACCAACAAUGUUGGUCAAACUGCCAACAUCAACUAA